AUGGAUCCAUUCACGCUGCAAGAGUUCCAGAGCAAUGUCACAUGCAGCAUUUGCUGCCAGUAUUUCCUGGAUCCUGUCACAAUGGAUUGUGGCCACAGCUUUUGCCGACCCUGCAUCUACCUGAGCUGGGAAGAAGGCUCAUCGCCACACUGCUGCCCAGAGUGCAGGCAAAAGUCAGAGAAGACAAACUUAAAAACCAACAUAAGACUUCAGAAAUUGGCCACUGCUGCCAGGAUGGACAGAAUGAGGCAGGUCCCCAGCUCACUGGGGCAGGUCUGUGGUGCACACAGCAACGCCACAGGAGUACUGGGUGACUUGGACAAGAACCUGUGUUGUGAGUCUGUCUCUGAAUCUUCAAAAGCCAAUGGACAUGGCCACAGCCACAGCCAGCUGCAGUUUGCUGCUGAGGAAUCCAGGGAGUAUGUGUCCCUAAGGGAGGAGAUGAUCAAGGCACAGUAUCAGAAGAUGCAUAUGCUUCUUCAUGAGGAAGAAGAGCUGCACCUGCAGAGACUGCACAGCGAAGCACGGGAGCUUUUGCAGCAGCUCCAGGACCAUGAAUCGAGAAUGACCCAACACAUAGAUUGUGUGAAAGAAAAAUACAGAGAACUGGUUGAGAUGUGCCACAAGCCUGACAUGGAGUUACUGCAGAAUGUGAAGACGGAAUUGGAAAGAGCAGAGCUCAUCCGGAGAUACAGGCCCCAGCCAGUGGACCCUGUACUGACUGCUUGGAGCAUCAGUGGACUUAGACAGAUGCUGAAUAAUUUCAGAGUGGCUAACGGUUUGAAAAAGAAAGUGGCGAGUCGCUACCUACUCCUUUCUGAGGAUCUCAACUCUGAAAUAUUUGGACAACAUCGUGAUGCUGCCAGUCAAGUCCAGAGAGAACAGGGUUUUGUUGCGUGGGGUGCACCAACCUUCCGCUCUGGCAGGCAUUACUUCGAGGUGGAUAUAUCACACUCUUCCACCUGGAUUAUAGGACUCUGUAGUGAUUGCAGCAUAGACGACCCCAAUAUCAUUAUUAAUAGCGAGGGUGCAUUUUUCCUUUAUUCUCUGAAUUGUGGUGAUGGUCACAUCCUCUGCACCAGUUCUCCAUUACUACAUCACUAUGUGAAGAGGCCUGUGGGUCUGGUUGGGGUGUUUCUAGAUUAUGAAUGUGGAAUGGGCUACAGUUUUUACCUGCCUCUGUGCCAGGAAGAAGUUACAGGCACCUUUCCAGAUGCUGAAAGCCUCACCAUCCCCCUUCUUCCAGAGCCCCAAAUAUUAAGCCUCCUGAGCUUCGUUAGUACUCCACCUGGCUGUGAGCCACUGACACUCUGGACAAGAAAGGCUCCUCACUGGUCUCCUGUGAGUCAGUUCAGCCUGGAGGACUUGAAACACACUGGUCCGCUAUACUGUCCCUUGGACCUCUGCAGCCCAGUGAGCCACCUGUUCAGAGUCCAAGUUCAUGGGACUUUGUAG